CCUCACAUUCAUGAAGUCAAUACAUUCAGUAAAAAUAGCAACAUUCCCUUAACAUGUUUAACAAAUCAACUUUAUUACUAAUUUCUUUUGAUAGCGUUCGUAGACCAUUAAUUUUUCUGGCUCAUCGGCAAAAAAAAAACUUAUCCAACGAUAGUUCGCAUGGAAGAUUCAGACAAUAUUUUUAUCACAAUAUCUGAGAUCCGGCCUCCAAAAAGUGUAUGAAUAACAGUUAAGUGCUAAUAACUUUUGAUAGGGUUGUCAGAUCCUUGAUAUUUUAGGCUCAUUUGAAAGGUCUUUCGAUUAUCUAACUAAAGAUGGGUCGCAUGAUGGACCCGGACAUCAUUUUCAUUGAAAUAUCUGAGAUCCGGCCUCCAAAAAGUGUAUAAAUAACCCCCCAUCCCCCAUCUGCGUUACGUAAUAAAAGAACGCUCCCUUAUCUUUAAACAAAAGCUGUUCCAAAUAGAUCUAACCUGAAUUGUCGAACAAUUGUUUGGACCAUUGAAAAAUUUUCAAAAAAAAUCAUUUAGCCAUUUUGAGAGGUACUUCUGAUUUUGAGUAUGUGAUCUAUUUUCACCUCCUUGUCUUAUUUCCUUAGUCAACUCAAUCGGAAUUCUGAAAUAAAAUUCAAUUCGAAUCGUUUACGUAGGUAUUUCGUUUUAAACGCAACAACCGAUUUCGUGUAUGCUCGGUUGUUGCGUUUGAAACGGAAUACGUAAACGGUUCGAAUUGAAUUCCGUUUAGGAACUCCGAUUGAGUUGACUGGGUCACUUUGGUCGACGCUCAUAUUCAGUACGCAGCCAUUAACUGACAGGAAAAAGUUAUAUAACAGUUUUACCAACUGUCAAUUUCACCCGGUCCGGCGGACGCUGUCAGUGUCAAAGCAGCAGCACAACAAAAUACCAAUGGAGCCGCGGCGGCAUCGAUGCAGCAUCCUUGGCCAAACCGCCCCCCAAAUCCAGCCAAACGACAGCGCAAGAAGGCAACAUCUUGCAGAAGCUGUCCAAACUAGCGGGAUGGAGAUUUGUAUGAGGAUCGUGUUUGCGGACGAAAGAAGUCCUUCGGGGACGCAGGGACUGCAUCGACAUCUAAGUUCGGACGAUCACCACAACACAGAGAACUUUCCAGGGGAGACGACGAUCAAGAUGUACCUGCUGCAGCACCAUGUCGGCUAUCCAGCGGUCCAUUGUCGAUCUCCAAACAGCGUCGAGGUCAUCGGCGGCCAAACGCUGCGCAACACGGUCUUCCCGCCGCCCAGCAAACGCCUCUCGCGAAUCCCUCAUCUGGACAUAUUCCCUAAAUCAAACGGCUGAAGCACCACCGGAGUGACCGUCGGCGCCAUCGAACCAGUUAACCCGAUCGUCGAGCAAGCCGGUCAUUACGAAGACCGCCACGACCUCGGAAGCGGUUGACGAGCAAGACCUGUUCCAACCGGUCACGCCAAGACAAAGACGACAAAAUCGACAGCUUCGCGGUGGCGUCAGUGAGGACGAAAGCAGCGGCCUCCACACGAUCCACGUUCACCAUUCGCUUUGUGUAAAUGUAAUCUUCUAACUGUAAUUGCGUGAACUAUCAAUAUAUUUGCUUGAAAGGCAUAAUAAAAUAUAAAUCCUUCUGCUGACCGUGGCCGAUGGCCUAAUAAUAGUGUGAUCGAUUGAAUGGCAAUCUCGCCUCUACGAGAAAUCAAAAGGCAUCUGUACAAGCAUUCCUUAACCGACUCACGCCCACGUAGCUCAAGAAUCUAGGUUUCUUCCAGUAUACAACAAACAAGAAAUUUCAAAAAGUAUAGUAAUUUCUAAAUUCUAUAAGUGCUUUUAACUGUUGAUUGGGUUGUCAGAUUUUCAACGUUUUGGGCGCGUUGGAAAGGUUUUUUGACUACGCAUCCAACGACGGGUCACAUGAUUGACCCGGACAUCAUUUUCAUCAAAAUAUCUGAGAUCCGGCCUCAAGAAAUGGUAUGACUAACACUUAAGUGCUUAUAACUCUUGAUAGGGUUGUCAGAUUUUCAAUGUUUUGGGCGCGUUGGAAAGGUCUUUUGACUACGCAUCCAACGACGGGUCACAUGAUUGACCCGGGCAUCAUUUUCAUCAAAAUAUCUGAGAUCCGGCCUCAAGAAAUGGCAUGAAAUACACUUAAGUGCUAAUAACUUUUGAUAGGGUUGUCAGAUUUUCAAUGUUUUGGACGCGUUGGAAAGGUCUUUUGACUACGCAUCCAACGACGGGUCACAUGAUUGACCCGGACAUCAUUUUCAUCAAAAUAUCUGAGAUCCGGCCUCAAGAAAUAGUAUGACAAACACUUAAGUGCUAAUAACUUUUGAUAGGGUUGUCAGAUUUUCAAUGUUUUGGACGCGUUGGAAAGGUCUUUUGACUACGCAUCCAACGACUGGUCACAUGAUUGACCCGGACAUCAUUUUCAUCAAAAUAUCUGAGAUCUGGCCUCAAGAAAUAGUAUGACAAACACUUAAGUGCUAAUAACUUUUGAUAGGGUUGUCAGAUCUUCAAUGUUUUGGACUCGUUAGAAAGGUGUUUUAAUUACCCAUCCAUCGAAAGGUUGCAAGACAGAUCCGGCCAACGUUUUCAUCUAAAUAUCUGAGAUCCGGCCUCUGACAAGUGUAUAAAAAACACUUAAGUGCUUAUAACUUUUGGUAGGGUUGUCAAAUCUUCAAUGUUUUGGACUCGUUAGAAAGGUCUUUUAAACACCUUUCAGAAAAUGUAUAAUAUGCCAGGUUUUCUUACAAAAACCACCCUUUUUACAAUCUUCCGGACUUUAGUCAAAAUCGUUUUUUUAGCAUAACUUUUGAAGUACUUAACUAAACUUCAUAAUUUUCAAUAGGGACUUAUGGGACCCCAAGACAAAUCGAAUGAGACCAAAACGGUCCAAAUCGGUUAAGCCAGUGCUGAGAUAAUCGAGUGCAUAUUUUUUGGUGCACAGACCCACAUCCCUACACACACACACACACACAGACAUUUGCUCAGAAUUUGAUUCUGAGUCGAUAGGUAUACGUGAAGGUGGGUCUAGGAGGUCAAAUUAAGAAGUUCGUUUUUCGAGUGAUUUUAUAGCCU